AUGUGCUACCCAUGCAUACCGAAGAAGGCACACGUGAACAAUCGCAGCCUUCCGUCAACUGCUACUCUAGAGAGAUGGGAUUGUAUCAACGUGUACGCCCUCGAUGAGCGACGAGUGGUGAAGAGAUGCGAGGGCGACAAUGACACCGAGAUUCGUGCGGAGUGGGAAGUUUCUGACCUCCUGGGCCGCCACCACGACAUUGCGGAAUUUCUGGGCGCCCUGGACGACGGUUCCAUCGUCCUCGAGCGCGGACAGGUACUUCGAGAUCGACUCUCCGAGCAGACGAGCGCCUGUACGCGAGCGGCCAAUUUCCGGACGUGGAGGAUCUGCCCAUGGGAUCCUUGA